UGUGUAUUUGCGAAUAAUGAAAAAAAUAAAUAGAGCUUCAACAGUAUCAUUGGUUUAGCUGGUUUCAGUUUACGGAUGGACGUCGUGACGUGUCUUUUCGUUUUUACUCGACAGCAGCAGCUCUGUGAAUAUUUUGAUUGUUGUUUCAUUUGUCUAAAAAUCGACAGCAAAAUUCAGUGAGAUUUUUUUUUACCUUUGUCUUGUUUGAAAUCCGAAAAGUGCACGAUUCCAAAUGAUGAUUGUCAUAUUGAAAACUGGUUGAAUGACAAAACGAAUUCGUAUUGAUAAAGACUGUAUUGUUUGUUGAUUCCCGAGGGAAACUAAAAGUACAAGACAAUAUUUGUGAGCGACACAUCAAAUCUAUAGAUAUAUAUAUAGUGAAAGAGAGUGAUUGUAACAUCGGAUUAGAUUCGUGUAGCAUCAAAGUGAUUUGAUUGUCUGUGCGUGUAAAAGAGAACGAACAAACAAGAGUAGAGAGAAGUUGAAAAUCCAAUUUUUCUUUCUCGACACGAGAAUUAUAUCUAUUUUGGAUGCAACACAGCAAAUGGAAUAAUAUGAAACUUCGUUUUGGAUUAUUAUGAGAAAUUUGUGCGUGUAUGUGCAGAGCGCAUUUGUUUGAAAUAAAAAAAAGAGCUGUAACAAGCAAUGACUUUGACUGUAUCGGAAAAUAGCAGUAGCAAUUCAUCGAUUCGUUUAAUGGAUAGCACAUCGGGUUCAGUAGCGGCACCAUUGGUUGAUGCGUUGCCAACAUCAGAACAAAGUCUUCUUGCUAAAUUGGAAGCAGCGAACAAACUGAUCGAAAGCGAUGCCAAAAGUUUAAAUUCACUACAGAGUUCGGCGCACAGCCGCAAAAGUUCCGACACAAGCCAAAUUAGUUUAAAUUCGGGUAUGUCAGUCGAAGAGGACAUUUGCUCGAUAUGGGCAGGUAUUGUGAAUGAUUGGGAGGCGGCAACAAAGCGCAAAACAUCACCGUCGGUCAAAGAGUUAGUACGUCGAGGCAUUCCACAUUAUUUCCGUGCAAUCGUUUGGCAACUACUCUGCGGCGCAUCUGAUGCUGAUAAGAAACAAUAUGCAGACUAUAUCAAAGCGACUUCCGCAUGCGAAAAGGUCAUUCGACGAGAUAUCGCACGUACAUAUCCAGAGCAUGAUUUCUUCAAAGAGAAAGAUGGCUUGGGCCAGGAGGCAUUGUUCAAUGUCAUGAAAGCCUAUUCGCUACACGAUCGCGAAGUAGGCUACUGCCAAGGAUCUGGAUUUAUUGUCGGCUUGCUUUUAAUGCAGAUGCCCGAAGAGGAAGCGUUCGCUGUUUUAGUUCAGAUUAUGCAACAGCAUCGUAUGCGCGAUAUGUUCAAACCAUCAAUGGCUGAGCUCGGCGUUUGUAUGUAUCAACUGGAGAAUUUAGUGCUGGAACAAUUCCCCGAUUUACACGUUCACUUCCAAUCACAAACAUUUCAAACGUCAAUGUAUGCUUCACGAUGGUUUUUAACAAUCUACACAACAUCACUGAAUCUCCAAAUUAGCUGCCGUGUGAUGGACAUUUUCUUAAGCGAAGGAAUGGAAUUCAUUUUUAAAAUGGCACUGGCUAUGCUCGCCAUUGGCAAGGAAUCACUUCUUUCAUUGGAUAUGGAAGCUAUGCUUAAGUACUUCCAAAAGGAUCUUCCCGAAAUAGUUGAACGUGAUCCGGAACAAUUGUUCAAUCUGGCUUUCUCCAUGAAAAUCAAUACGAAGCAAAUGAAAAAAUGGGAAAAAGAAUAUGCAGCUGUUCGUAAGAAGGAGCAAGAGGAAAUGGGCGAAUUGAGACGUCUUCGCAACGAAAAUCGCUUGUUGAAAAAGCAAAAUGAGCUACUCGAAGCAGAAAGUACUGAACUGGCACAUCGACUAGUUCGAGGCCAAGUAUCACGUGCCGAAGAAGAAGAAACUGCCUUCGCUAUUGAGUCAGAGCUGUUGGCACUGCGAAAAUCACACUUGGAACUAUCACAUCAAUUAGAAACUGCCAACGAAGAAAUACGUGGACUUAGUCUACGGUUACAAGAGAACAAUAACUCGCGCCAAAAUUCCAUUGACGAGCUGUGCUUGAAAGAAGAAGCGCUCAAAGAACGCGACGAAAUGGUAAGUUGCUUGCUGGAAGAGCUAGUGAAAGUGAGACAAAGUGUGGCCGAAGGCGAAGACACCAUCCGUAGCUUGCGAACGAAAAUUGAAGAGCUCGAAGAAGAUAAGAAGACAUUGCGUGAAACAACACCCGAUAAUUCGGUGGCGCAUCUACAGGAUGAACUAAUUGCCAGUAAAUUGAGAGAGGCCGAAGCAAGUCUUUCGCUGAAAGACCUGAAGCAACGUGUUCAAGAGUUGAGUACACAAUGGCAACGGCAAUUGCAGGAACAAAAAAACGAAAAUACCUCCGAUUCAACGUCAAAGAAAUUGAUGUUCUGGGAUAAUUCCAAGUCGAACGAACUGCAAAAGGUCGAAGAGGAGCUGAUGACGACACGGAUACGUGAAAUGGAAACAUUGACCGAACUGAAGGAGCUACGCUUGAAAGUGAUGGAACUGGAGACUCAAGUGCAGGUGUCCACCAAUCAACUUCGUCGACAAGAUGAAGAGAAUAAAAAACUGCGCGAAGAGCUUGACUCAUCACUGGCUCGCGAAAAGGAAAUGGCUAACAAAGCUCGUGAACAGCAGCAUAGAUAUUCCGAUUUGGAGUCUCGCAUGAAAGAUGAAUUAAUGAAUGUUAAGAUUAAAUUUACCGAACAAAGUCAAACGGUGGCCGAAUUAAAGCAGGAAAUAUCACGGUUGGAGACAAAGAAUUCCGAGCUAUUGGCCGAAGGUGAAUUACGAUCAAAUAUCGAUGAAUCUGAUAAAGUUAGAGAUUUGCAGGACAAAGUGGCCGAUUUGAAAGCAGAGUUUGCAACACCGAUAACGUCUCCGGACACUGAGCAAUGGAAAUGGAUUGGCUAGAUUUGUUUUUGAUAAAUUCCACUUGCACACCGGCUACAAAUCGAACAAAAAUUCGUUUGUUCAAUCAUUCAAAACCAAUUUCAUAUCACAGUUUAUGAUCUCGAAAAGAAAACAAAACCGAAAAAGAAAUCUCGUCGUUCAUUUGUUUUAUACUAUCAUUAUCUCGCUGCGCGAUACUACCAUCAACCACUGUCUCGCUAACAGGUGUCUGCUCCCAUUUCAAAUUUUUCUUCCAUAUUUACAAUUUCUGUUCAUUUUUCGAAUCGUCCCUCUUGCAUGACUGUGACAUUUUUUUCCCGUCUGAUCGUUUAUUUUGAAAUCUUCUUUUUCUCAUUGAUUUCAUUUUUUCUGGUUGAAUUUUUUUUUCUUGAUUCGCUUUUUUCGUUCCAAGUUGAAAUUUUCAACCUUGGUCCAAACCAAUAAUAAUAAUUUAUGGCCUACGAUUCUUUUUAUUUUGAUGCUGAUUCAUAUGGCAUAUGGCAUUGGAUCAUAUUAUUAUACAUAGCAAAUAAAUGAUUCAUUUAUCGAUUGAAUAUGAACAAAUGAUAAAUGAUUCAUUUAUUAUAUCAAUUCUUUUAUCAUUUCAGAAAAAAAAACUGGGUUUGGUUUUGAAUUUUUCGUUUAUUUUCGAAAUUAUUUUACUCUUUUCAAAGACAAUCCGGCAACAAAUUGCUCUUAAUCGGCAUUUUUCCAUUUUUUUUUUUUGGCAAUUUCAUCAAAACUAUUGCUUAAAACUCAAAAAAUAUUAAUUUUUUUAAUUUUUUCCUUUAUUUUGGUUUUUUAUUUGUAAAAUAAAAUGAUGCAAAAAUUGUUCUACUGAAGAAAAUUUAAAAUUUAUUAAUCAAAUUACUGUGGCUGUAUAGAAAAAGUCUCUUAUUUUAUGUAAACAAAAUCCAUUUUGUCCACGGUUUAUUUAUCGAAACAAGAAUGACGUGUUUUUUAUGAUAUUACGUGUUUGUAAACAAUGAACUUUUUAAUUUUAAGUGGCGUUGCUGUAUUUAUGUGCUUAUGGGUGCUUUAGAAUAAUUAUUAUCAUUUAUGUUAAGUUAUUAUUUUGUGUGCCAAUUUUCCACAAAAUUUAAGUAGUUUUUCAUUUGGUCAUUUCACAAACUAUCCAUUCUUUUUCUGUCUAAAAAUCACUAAUCACCGGUAUGUACGUGCCUCUUUUCAUUUGCAUUCAUAUUUCCGCUUCAUUGCCUUUUAGAAUUCAUUUUUUAGUUGUGACUAAUGCAUUGAUUGUUUGUGAAAAUUCAAUUGUGUGGUGAUGAUAAUAAUGAUUGACGUAAAUAUUUUCUCUCUCUCUUCCUCCCAUCAAUUGCAAUUUGUCCCGAAUACAGCUGACGGCAUACAGAUCCCGUGGUGACUAUAGUUUGAAAAAGCUAAAAAGUGAUUCGAUUCAUUCCAUCGAGUCAGAUAUCGAUACGAGUGAAAUGCGACUAUGAACGUAGUGUAACACUGACAAAAACCACUGUGAAAAUACUUAACGAUAAACAAGUGAAAUUCGAUUGGGCAAUAUUUACAUAUGAAAGAUUAAAACAACAACAAAAACAGCAACAAAAUAAUAACAAUGUGCAACUUAUGUAUAACAAUUUAGAAUGGAACACUGUAGAGAUAAGAGAAGAAGAAGAAAAAAAUUGACAGAAAUAACAACAACAAAAAAAGAGAUAUUUAAUACGACAUUGCGUUGGAUGGAUCCAAUUUUAUAAAUGGAGUAAAUUUUUUUAUUGUGAAAAAAAAGAAUAAAUGUCGUAGACUUAAGGCGUAACCAUUUUUUUUUCAAAAUCUCGAAACAUUCCGCUUUACGGCGGAAAAGACAAAAAAAAAUCAAUUGAUUUAUGGAUUUAUUUUGCAGUGAAUAUUUCUGUUUUUUUUGUGUUUUAUAUAUAUCGAUUAUUUAUACACACAAUAAGAGAAGAAAAAAAAGAAAUUCUAUUUAAGCAUUGUUAUUUGUUUCAGUUUUUGAUCAUUUUUAGAAGAUUUAUCAAGUAAUUUUCAGCAUAAACGAUUUUCGAUGAAAUCGCACAAAACGACAACAGAACUUUUUUUUUAGGAUGACAUUAAAUUAUUGUCGUCCGCUUAGUGGCAAUAUUUUAAUGCUAACGAGAUUCAAACGGAAGAUUUUUUUUUGUUCGCAUUUUGGUUUUGAAUGAAUGUUUGAGAAUUCACGAAUUUAUUGGCUCAAUUAUCGAAUCAAUGUGGAUUUAUUGAGUUUCAAAUGUUCAUUCAAAUCAAAAGGCAUUUUGAUAUUAGGCAGCUAUAGCUAUUGCAUAAGAUUUAAAUAAUAAAAUAGAAAAUUUAACAUGACACCUCCGCAUGUGCAGUGCAGUGACCUUAGGUCUAACUGAAAAUAAAAAAAAAUAAAAAAGAUGAAACAUAAAUCAAUUGUAGAAUCUAUAAAUUAGCCCAGCAAUUCGUUUUUUUUUGGAAGGAAAAAAUUAUUUCGAAAUUACAUCACAUACAAAAACAAUAAUUUGAUUAUGCGAAUUUUAAAGCAAUGAAUACCAGAUAUUCCCACAUGAAACAAAAACUCAGUUCUUUCGGCAGUAAAUGUACUUAAAUUUAAGUUUUUAUUAUUUAAAUAUUAUUUAUUCCAGAAGAGAGUAUUCAGUUUCCGUCUAUAUUUUUUUUAUCUAUUUAAACUUUAUUCCAUUUUUUUUCAUAAACACUAACCAUUAACCACGAUUUCUUUUUGGAGAAAAUACAUCAAGUGAAAAUAGACAUGCAAUUUUCAAACGAA